CGAUUCUUCCUCAACCAAGGUCGUUGUUCGAUACAACAGAGAAUCGAAGCUCCAUCGAAUCGAUUCGUUUCUCUGUGCGAUCGAGUGUGUCAGGGUGAAGAUCGUUGAGCCCCGCCGCAGCGAACGAAGAUGAGUCGAAGCAGCAGCUGAAGCUCCUGAGGAAUCACCUCCUCGCCCUCACCUGUACAGAACCCCAGCUGCAAUCAAUCAAGGAGCGCAGCUUGGAGGUGUCCUCGCAGGAACCAUCGAUGGUGGAGGUUCUUCAACUACGGCAGAAGGUCUUCAGGGAAACCUUUCAACAGUAUCAUCGUCUGUCCACUCGUCUAGUCAAAACUCAGGACAGCGUGACCGCCCUUAAACUCUGGCAAGAGUACCUAUCCCACGUGCAAGACUUCCUAUCCAACGACGUCCCCGCCGACUACAGCGGUUUGUCGGAGCACAGAAAUCUCUGCGAGGUUCUGAUGAACCUACUGACUGAUCAACAGAAUCUCAUCCUCACCGUUCGUUCGGAGGCGGGCGGUAACCUGUCCACCACCGAACAAUUCAACAUCUUGACGAAUCUGCACAACGAAACGUUGUCGAAAAUUAUAGAGAGACACGCGGCUGUUCGCGAUAUGCUGACAGCAUGGGACAGGUACAAGGUUGACCGAAGUAAACUGCUCGGUUGGUUGAAGGAGAUCGAGAGAGAACGAAGCCAACUUCAUCUUCGGUUCAUUAAUCUAAGGAGGCUCGACAAGAUCCUCCAAAGAAUGCAAGCUUUAUUGGAUAAGAUACCGGAAGGCGAGGCUCAGUCGAAGUCCCUUCAAGAGCAACAGGAAACCCUGUUGAUCAAUUGCGACGGGGCAUUGGCUGCGUCCAUCCGCAUGGAACACGCAGCUGAUUCCCAAAGGAUAGCGAAUCUCAGCGCAGGUUUGCAGACUUGGAGAGAUUUCAUUCAGAAGAUACAGAAACUCCACGCUGAAUACGAAGAACAGACAAGAAAUAUCAGCGCGACUUUCGAGGAGAUUAGUCAAACAUUAAGCACAGCUUUCCACGCGAAGGCUGCCAAUGUUUCGAGGACCAGCGAACAACUGGAGUCCGUUCGACAACUGCAGAACAGGCUGUCCAACACGAGCAUCGAUUUAGAAUCUCUCGGUGUUAUCACGGAACAGUUGAGAGAGUGUCUGAGUCCUUCGGACGUAAAGUCCUUGAACCAUCAACGAGCACUUCUAUGCCAACGGCACGGAGACCUCGAACAUCAGGCUGCAUUAUUAGCGUGCAGAUUAGGCGAACGUCGCAGCCUCUACGAUCGUUGGGUGGAUAAAUCGAGAAAAUUGUACGUAUCGAUCGUUAAUAUUAUGUCGAAUAUUCAGAAACACGAUUCCACGUGGAAAUCUAAAGACGCCCAGAAAAGACUGGUCUACGAGUUGCAAGCAGAGAUCGCUUUGCAACAGAGAGACUUAUUCUGGGUGCAAAGCACCGGGCAAGAUCUGCUCGAAGUUGCUGACGAGAAGGAGAAAGAGAGGAUUCAACGAUUCCUCGAUCGCGUGAACGAGAAAUGGGAUCGUUUGACAGCCAUGAGCAAAGCAAGAGCGAUUAAAUCAGAAAAUUUCAUCAGAACCAUGGAAACGUUGGAAACGUUGGAGAGGAGGUUGAAUGAGACGUUGAGUAUAGUGGCAGGCAUCGAAAUGGCUCUGCGAUCGAAAACCCCGGUGACCGAUCAGAGUCGUAUCGACAGAAAGUUUCAGGAGCUGAAGCAUUACAGCAGCAUCAUCGAUGCUAUGAGUGCCAACGUUAGUGAAGUGUUAAAUCUCGCGGAGAUAUUCUUAAAGGACAGCUCGAACUACGUGUUCAAGUUAGACACGAGCGACAUUUUGAGGGACAUGUAUGAUUUAGAGAAAAGAUGGGAUAAGAUCUGUAUAGAGGUUACAGGAUCCGAAGGUUACUUUAAGUCAUGGGUUCGCAAAGCUCUUGAGAAGCUAGAGAAGAUUACAAUAGAAUACGAAGACUGGCUCAGAGAGACGGAUAGCGUUCUGUCAGAGUUGGAGAACAAUCUCGAUAGACUUUCCAAAGAGGAAACCGAUAAGGCCAUCGAGAAGGCUAAGAGGAUCCUCGAGGAUGUCGAAGGUCACGAGUCGGUGAUAGAGUUAAUUAAAUGGAAUGUUCAUAAGUUGGUAACGUAUUUAGAGAUAGAUAAUCUGAAAUCCGUUAUUAGCGGAACCUACCAGCUUAUCGAUAAAUGGGCCACGUUGAAACCUAGAGCGAAUACCGUUCUAUCGGUGCUUCAGCGAGGUCGAAAGAAUUAUCGCGACUUCAUUACGGUGCACGCUGCCGCGGUCGUCAGUUUGACGCAAGUCGACGUUAGAUUGACGAGGACUCAACACCUCGCCACGACUGAGCAAAAAGCGUCUGCUCAAUUAAGAUUGCAACAGUUGAACGAGAUCGAGGAAGAGUUGAGGACUCUGAACGUUACGCUUCAAAGGGCCGACGAAUUGGCGUUGAAGGUUAUGCAAGAAUGUCAUCCGGACGAGGUGGCGAACAUUCAGAAGCUGGUGGACGAGUACCAGUUACUAUCGACUGAUAUCAAGGAGAGAGUGGCAUCUCUGAGGGCAGAAAUCGAAGGGCAAGAGAAGAAGGAAGUUGACGAAGCUGUACAGGUGGACACUUUGCCUAGGUUACUGAGAAUGACUUCCAGUGACGCUUAUCUGAUGGUACUGGAAGCUGCCUUGAUUGAAUGCAAUGAUGCUUUGGAUACGUUGGAACUAGCAGUUACCCCGGAUCCUGUUGCCGGACCCGGGUUAAAUGCUAGUGCUAAGCAUAUAAGUAAAUUGAUCGGUAGCUGUCAGUCAUCGAUCGAACUGGCUCGUCAUCUGCACAGCUUGCUCGUCGAAGACGGGAAGUUGAGUCCUCAGGUUGCCAAAGUUGACGAAGUGACUGCAUUGACCAACCGAUACGAGAGUCUUUUAAUACUGGCAAGAACGCGUGAACAACAAAUCAGGGAACUUAGAUCGCCUAUGAGUGAUGUUUACACCUCUCCCUGUGAUCAUGAUAAUGAUAGACUGACCUGUCCCCUGUGUUCCCAUCGCAAUUGGGCUCAACUGGAAAACGAUCUUUGGAGAAUAGAAAAAUGGUUAGAAUUCGCUGAAGGUACUCAAAACGAGCAGCAUUCACCACCGAGCAGUAUAGAACAGCUGGAGGAUGUGAUUCAAAACCACCGUGAAUUUCUACUCGAUCUCAACUGCCAUAAGAGCAUCCUCGUUGGUCUGAACACGGUGGGUGCUCAUUUAGCCAACCACACCGAAAAAUUGUGUCGAGCCAGCCAGCUCAAAGACAGACUGACCAUCGCGAACACGAGAUGGGACAAAGUGUGCUCGUUGGCUGCACGUUGGCAGGGACAGCUUCAAGUUUCUCUUAUGUCGAACCAACAAUUCCAUCGUAUCAUAGAAGAGUUGCUUUCUUGGUUGGAGAAGACAGAAAUGAGUAUAAGGGUCAGCGAACCGGUUGAUUUGACCAAAUCGCCUGAAAUUAUGACCGCCAAAUAUAAUAAAUUCAGGGAAUUGAGAAGUGACUUAUCGUUAGAGCGAUGCGAACCUCGUGUUUUGUUGCUUCAAGAGGCGGUAAAUCAAUUACUGGACGAGAAAGGCGAAACCAGGGCACGUCUGCAGGAACUUCGACUCAGGUUGCAGUCGCUUCGACGGCUCACAGGGAUAUACGCUUUAAAAUUAGGGGCAGCAUUAGGGAUGGACCCUAGAGAGAUUGGACUUGCAGCCACCACUUCUUCUCUUGCUUCCCUUUCUCAAGACAUUUGCGAAGAGACGAUUGCGGAACACAAGGAAAGGUUGGCGUAGCUUCGUGGCCUGGUGGCGCAAAUUGCAUCGGACGUCGGUUUGGAUGCAAGUGGGCCAUUGCACUGCGAGGUAGAGGCAGUGAUCGUUAACUACUACUAUUGAAGUCUAUUCAGCUGCUGUUGCUACUGUUACACCAUCACAGUCACUAAUGUAGCCAAUUUACCAUUAUUUUCUUCCUCUCUUUCAGUCUUUACUCUCCCUUUCUUUCUCUUGUUAUAGUUAUCGUUGAUCGAUUAUU